UCACAUAUGAAAAUGGCGGCGGCUCACGGUGGUGGAGGAGCGGCAAUGGCUCUACAGAGCCAACUCUAUCCGAAUGGACCUCACUGGACCCCGGGCACUUGGCAUCAGCAGCAUCACCUGCAUACUGCUCGGAGCCUGGACAGAGCGCUGGAGGAGGCAGUUUGCUCGGGGAUGCUAAGCUUAAGCGGCAGGAAACUGAGAGAUUUCCCAGGGAGUAGCUACGACCUGACCGACACAACGCAGGCAGAUCUGUCAAAAAACAGAUUUACUGAAAUUCCACCAGAUGUCUGUCUCUUUGCACCACUCGAGUCAUUAAAUUUAUACCACAACUGCAUCAAGUGUAUUCCAGAGGCUAUAAUAAACCUACAGAUGUUAACAUACUUAAAUAUCAGUCGAAAUCAGCUAUCAACACUUCCAAAAUACUUGUUUGACCUUCCACUGAAGGUUUUAGUUGUCAGUAAUAACAAAUUAGUAUCUGUUCCUGAAGAAAUUGGAAAAUCAAAAGAUCUGAUGGAACUGGAUAUCAGUUGUAAUGAGAUUCAGGUUCUACCACAUCAAAUGGGAAAACUGCUUUCUUUGAGAGAGCUGAAUUUAAGAAGAAAUAACCUUCAGGUACUACCAGAUGAGUUAGCUGACCUCCCUCUUGUCAGGUUAGAUUUCUCAUGCAACAAAAUUACAGAAAUACCAAUGAGUUAUAGAAAAUUAAGGCAUCUUCAGGUGAUUGUCCUCGAUAACAACCCAAUGCAGUCUCCGCCAGCUCAGAUUUGCCUAAAGGGUAGAAUACACAUAUUUAAAUACCUGAAUAUUCAAGCGUGCAGGAUGGAUAAAAAACCUGACUCUUUAGACCUCCCUUCAUUACUAAAGAGGAAUUUUUCUCAACCUCUUACAGACAGCAUAGAAGACUUUUAUCCAAACAAAAAUCAUGGCCCUGACUCAGGCAUUGGUAGCGAUAAUGGAGACAAGAGACUCUCUACAACAGAACCGUCAGAUGAUGACACAAUCAGUCUACAUUCUCAGGUAUCAGAAACCACACGUGACCAGGUGAAAACUGACAAUCAUUCCAUUGGAACAAAGUCUGACAAAGAUCAUGAGCCAUAUGACUAUAUUGAUCCUAAUGCAGAGGAAGACACUCCGAUAUCAGAACCUGGAGAUGUUCAACUUAGUGGACCAUUUUUGUCUUGUAUGAAGGAGCUAGGAAGAGUGUUGAGUAAAUCACAUCAAAUUGAUGAGACUGAAGAUUGGAGAGAGGGCUCAAGUUCCCCUAAAGAACAACAAUGUACUGAAGAGGAGGAGGAAGAAGUAGAUGAGCUGAAAGAAGUUAUUGAUUUGCGAAAAAUUGCUGUUCAGCUGUUACAGCAUGAGAAGCAGAACAGACGGCGACCAUUAAUUUGUAGAACAACCUUCAGCAACAACAUAAUCCAGCGGAGAAAAGCUGCAGGACGUGGAGCACAGAGAUUUCUUAACCAGACUGGCAGCAAUCUAAGCAAUAGACAGAGACAGUUCUCAGACUGUAAAAGUGUAUCCAAUGAAGAUGAAGGAGGAACAGCAGACUCCUCAUAUAGCUGUCAGCCCUUAAGUUCAUUGGAGGACAACCUAAAACAAGAUCAAGCAAAUUCGCAGCAAAACUGUCCAGAUGUUCAGCUUGCAGUAAAUCAGAAUGAAGAACGAAGGAGAAAUAAAUAUUUAAGGAAAGAAUAUAUGAAGUAUAAAGGUCAAAGCACUUCAAGAAAAAGUGGAAAUGAAAAUGACAGUGAGGAUUCCUUCAGAUCUGAUGAUUAUAGUACUGCAUUGACAGUGUUUGGCCUCAAGCCAAGAUCAGCAUUCUCACGCCCCACUCGCCAGGAUUAUAACUCAGGAGACCCUGGAUUUACAAUGCGAAGAAAAAUGGAGCAUUUACGAGAGGAAAUGGAACAAAUUAGACAGCUCCGUCAUAAUCUGGAGACAAGGUUAAAAGUUAUGUUGCCAGAUGAUGUUGGAGCAGCUCUAAUGGAUGGGGUUGUCCUUUGUCAUUUAGCAAAUCAUAUUCGACCUCGUUCAGUGGCUAGUAUUCAUGUUCCUUCACCAGCAGUGCCUAAAUUAAGUAUGGCCAAGUGCAGGCGAAAUGUUGAAAACUUUUUGGAUGCGUGCAAGAAACUAGGUGUUCCACAGGACAAAUUAUGCUUGCCUCACCAUAUACUGGAAGAAAGAGGACUGGUGAAAGUUGGCAUCACGGUACAAGCUCUGCUAGAUUUGCCAUCAUCAAAGCCAACCCAGCUGUCAGCAGUUUAGUACAGUUGUAAAAGAAUAGUAUUUCCUUUUCGAAGGUUAAUUUGCUUCAUGUGCACAAAACACUUGUCAUUCCCAUUAUAUGGAGCGAUCUUGUACAGUAUAUAGCAAUCAUAGACUUUCUGCCUGGAAUAUUUUUAACAGAGUAGUCAGACUAUUUAAAGCUGUAUGUUCAGGCGGUACAAAUGUUCACAUUGCUCAUAAACAUGCUGUUUCCUGCAAUGAUUUAAUAUUUUUGGAUAGCUAGUCAGAUACUCUAAAUAAACACUGCAGCUAUACCUUAAUGCCUGCAUCCAACUAAUGAGCAAAGCCAUACAGUAUUGUCUGCCUUAACGUAUAACCCACUUAACUCUGUAGCAGGACACAUUAAAGAGCCUUCUGGAAGUGGCUCAAAGUUCUUCAGUUGCGAGUGCCAAUUGAAAUAUUGCAUCAACUUUAUUGUGUUUACAAGUGCCUGUGAAUCUGGCAUGUUAUUAUCAUUAUUUGCUUUUGCUAUUAUUUUGCACUUUUAAUUUUUGUUUCAUUUUUAUUUUUGUAAAAACAUUCAACAACACUGACACUAUAUACACAUGUUGGACAUAAACUUUAAUAUGUUUUGUAUUUUGUGAGAAUUUUUUCUUUAAAUGUUUCUUAAAAAGUAUUGUACAUGUUCUAUUUAUAUUAUUUAAGUAUCAAGGUAUUUUUAAUUGGAAAUCUUGGAAAAGUAAACAUAGUCAAGUACCAUUAUUAAAUGAACAGUGGAAAAGAAGUUGUAGUUGAU